CUGCGGUUUCUGGUCUUCCAAAUGUUGAAUCUUUUGUUUUGUUUGUCCUCGAAACGCAAAUGUUGUGACUGAAAAUUUACGAAACUUCCUGAUAGCCACACCACCCCCUUUCUUUGUAGCUGCACAGGAGUGUAGGAUCAGACUUGCUCUAGAUCCGUAAAUCAUUCUGGAGAAAACAGAGGACCCCGCAAAUUGUUUGCCAUUUUAUGCCGUAUACUGAGGAGAAAUUUUACUUGAAACAAUUUAAUAAAUCGAUCUGGAUGCUGGUACAGGAAAAUUUGCAAUUUUCAAUCGCUGUGUAAGUUUUUUGCACUUUGAAUUUGGCGAGUGGGUGGAGGAAGCGAUUAAUCAAUAUUGAAUUGUAAAAUUUUGCCUGCAAGCUACAAGGGUUUACUGCGUUCGCCAACAGUUACAGUUCAAGUUGCAGCAGAGCGAUGGUAUACAGAUCUCAGUGGAUGUGUUUAUGAAGCAAGCAUGUACUGGAAGGUCACAUGAAGCUUGAGAAUAGCUCUACAUUUGGCAUGAAUAAGUAUCAAACGCUCUUCGCAACAAAUUAUCCUUUGAAAUAGAAUUAUCGGCAAUGGGAAAAGACACGGAAUUGCUGAAUGCUGUUAAGAAUGGAGAUGUUUCAAUAGUUAGGAAAUUUCUACUUAAAUUCAAAUCAAACCCUAAAGGAAAAAAAUCAGUGAGCAAAAAAUUGCAUAUCAAUGUGCCAGAUGAUGAUGGGUUCACAAUACUACAUCAUGCAUCUCUUGGCAAUAAUGUUGAAAUUGUCCUUGCAAUUUUGGAAUUGGAAGGGGACCCAAAUUCAAGGGACAAAAAAGGAAUGUGUCCGCUACACAUGGCUGCAUGGUCAGGGAAGGAUAAGAUAGUGAAAACCCUUUUGGAAAACAGGGCGCUAGUGAACCUGCCUUCAUUUGGUGGAGAGACCCCCCUUCUUCUAGCGUCUCAACAUGGUCAUGGCGGUGUCGUUGAAGUUUUGAUGAAACACAAUGCAGAUCCUUCUAUAAGAAACAAUAAUUUAGAAUCGCCGCUGGAUUUGGCUUGUCAGUUUGGUCAUACAGCAGUUGUUCGAUGUUUACUGAUGCGAGGGGAAAUGGUGCAAAUGCUACGAGAAAGACAAACUGAUCCAAGAUAUAAACAGCCCCUGCAUCUGGCUGGGAAGGGUGGACAUGCUGAUGUUGUUAGAUUGCUGAUCGAAAACGGAAGUGACGUCAACGAGCAAAGCCCCCAAGGAACCUGCUUGCAUUUAGCGGCUUUGUACGGAAAGGUUGAAGUUGUGAAACUGUUGUUGGAGGUUGGUGCCGAUGUUCGCGCUAUAAACAAUAAAAAUAUGACGCCGUUAGAUAUGGUCAACCAGUAUACGAAAUCGAAUGCUAGCAUUGAGAUCAAACAGUUAUUACGAGAGGCUGCCGGAGAGCACGUUGUUUUUGCCACAGCUGUAUCCAACCACAUCAAUGUUUAUGAUGAAACAUCCUUAUCGUUCAAGGCUGGAGACACAGUUAUGGUUUUGGAACAAAAUGAGGAUGGAAGAUGGAAAGGCAGUGUUAACGAUGGAAAGGCUGAAAGAACUGGCUAUUUUCCUUCGAAGUCGGUGUCAAUAAUAUCGAAAAAACGCGAAACCCAGUCUCUUGGAUCCCUGUCGUCAUCUUCUGAUUCGUCAGUAAACAGCGCGCUGUCAGGAAAAGAUGGCAAUCAACCAAUAAAAAGUCCUUCAAGAAGGAUGACAGAAUCUAAUAAACCCGUAGGCGUUGUUCCAGUUGGAACAUAUGAGGUUCUCACCCUAGCACCAACCUUAAGCCCGGACAGUAAGAAACCGCCAAACAUUCCGCGCCUUAAUAGUUUCAAAAAAGACUCUAAAACAGCAUCAGCGCAGAGACAGAAGAUUCAGGCUCGUGAGGAAUUUUCCGCGUCCGGUUCGUUAUCAAAUCGAUCCAGCUCUGCUGAUACUUCAAAUGAUUCUGGGAUUCACAGCCGUUUGUCUGGUACGAUAGUGGAAGCAACAUAUGAUGCAGUUCCAGGUCAUCCAAGACUUUCCAUGGAGGCAAAUGUUUAUGACGCUGUUCCGCAACCAGCUCUCAAGUCACCAAGGAUAUUCCCUACUCAGUCACCUUUUGAGCAGCAACACGAGCCGACAGAUCAAGAUAAACAGCGGACGACGAACUACCCUGGAACUAAUUACGCUGAGAUAGCGUUCAAAAACGGGGGCAGCCCAGGUCCCGAUAGCAUGGCUCAAAAGACCAAGCCAAAUUAUGCAGAUGUUUAUAUAGCUGAUCAGCGUUCAAAUGAGUUUGGACAAAAUGGGCCCCGUAUUCAUUCGGAGGCCAGGACCAUACCGGGAACAAGUACGGGCAAUAGGCAUCUGGAGUGUGCGGGAGAAAAGGAGAAGAUGGAUUUGAAUGAAGAACUUCUAUCUAGGAUGGGUAGAACUCCGGAGGAGAAAGCCUCUCUCCGAUCGACAAGCAUGGCAUUUGGGUAUGAAGAUAUGCAAGGGCAUUCAAUGGAGGAACCAUUCCCUUCGCCACCGCCGCCCUUGCCACUUAAGAAUCAGGCAUCAGCAGAAAUUCCGCCGUCGCCGCCGAAGAAGAUUGAAAGUCGCAUUAUUCAUCACCGCCAGGAUAAUUACGAGAACGUGCAACCAAGGCAGUUUGUGCCUGUUCAUGUACAAAAUCCAUUUGAUUUUGCAACGAAAGACCAGUUGCAAGAAAUGCCAAAUCUGCAAUCGGAACCUUAUGUUGAUUAUGAAAAUUACAUGCCGCCGACAGCGACCAUGCCCGCCAACUCUCCUAGCAAUUAUGAAAAUUUCUUCCCUUCAAGCCAAGAAGCGCAGAAGCCCAGAUCCGCGACUGUUGCUGCAAAGUCAGAUUGGUCAACGACAAGACCAGUGCCAUUGCCACCCAAAAUGAAUCGAAAGAGCUGUCAGGAACCCUUCAGUCCAAUCGCACCAACUGAUUCCGUGAAAACUCCGUUCCUAUGCCAGCUGAAUAUGGACGAAAAGACACAGGACGAGAAGGAGUUAUUGUCGUGGCUUAUUGAUCUAAAAUUGCCCCAGUAUUUUCAGAAUUUUCACUCAGAGGGGUAUGACAUGAUCAGCGUACGGGGGGUCACGCCAGAGGAUUUAACAACGAUUGGCAUUACAAAAGCUGGUCAUCGGAAGAAACUGCUUUCGGAGAUCACAAAGCUCGGGCCUUCUCCAAGAUUACCAACUCAUAAACCGGCUGAGGUAGGACAGUGGCUCACACUUCUAGACUUGGCUGCCUACGAGAGCAAUUUCAUUGAGGGCGGUUUUGACGAAAUGGAUUUCAUAAAAGAUUUGGAUUUAUCCGAUUUGGAAAUGAUAGAAAUUAAGAAAAAAGGUCAUCAAAAGAAGCUCUUGCUCGCUGUUCAAAAGUUAUCGGAUGUUGAGCUGACAGCUGAACUUGAUGCCGUCGUUGCAGUUUCAAAGAGUGACUCGCCAGUUUCGAAAACUCAAGCUCCGAGAAAACCUGCCAAACGUCUGGAUGAAAGAGCAGAACCUUCUUCUCUGCAAGGCAUCACCCCGCCUAGCCUGAAGCCUUUGAAGCCCAUAGCAACGGCGAAUCAUACAUUAACCCCACCAGCUGAGGAAAUCGAGGAGUCUACUAGAGAAUUUAGUUUCCCGGCUCCACCCCCAGCCAAUGAAUUAGAAAGUGCCUUCUUACUAAAUCGAGAUAAUUUACCGCCUCCCUCGGGGAAAGAGUCCUCGAAUCCCGCUGGAGAGCCAAAUGUCCCCACUCCCCCAAAAGCCCCAGUAAGAGCCCAGACGCAGAAAGUAAACCAGAGUGUAAACCAAGAAGCACCGCGGCCCCGGUUACGAACUUCGUCACAACCAGUUGCUCCAAAGCCGAAACCGAAACCGAGGCCAGCGCAAAAUGUCGGUCAGGUUCGAACUGCUUCCGAAUAUCAUGCCAACGAGGCACCAGCUGUCAUUAAGCCAACGACGCCACAAAAGCCAAAUCUAAAAGCAGCAAGUGAAGAUUCUGAAUCGGCGGUGACUGCCUCGCGCUCUAGAGAUUUCUGGCUACAGAAUCAACAGCAACCACAGCCACCUUCACAAGCCGCUGUUACUCCAACUCGAACAAAGUCAAUAUCUGGGAUAAAGCCAUUGCCAGCACAGCGGCCUAAUACAAUGCCGGACGCAGAGUCUCCAGCUAAAACACCGCCCGAACCCCUUACUCGCAAACCAUCCCUUAAAAAGGUCCCACCGCCGACACCUCCUAGAAGAGACAGCAUGUCUAGUAAGAAACCCGAGGCAGCGCACGACUCUUCACAGAAUGGCAAUGAAAGCACAUUGGCCGAAAGGUCGAGAACUUUUUCAGGCCCCCUAGAUGAGAAAAUCCGCGAAACCUUCAGAGGAAAGGCGACAAAGCACACCCCGGUCAAUGUUGCUAUCCCAGAACAAGCUCCAGAAGAAAAGCCUGAUUCAUCGAAAUCAAAAAUCGACGAGGAAUUGGCAGCAACGGAUUCAAUCAUGGCAGACAUUGACGAUAUGAUAGCAGAUUUCACAAACCAAUUAGAUUCAAUGUUUUAAUUUAUUAAUUUCUUUCCCAAAUAUUUCACUCAUUGAUAUUUAAUUAUCAAGGGACGUAACGAUGCUCCUUUUCUACUCACCAGAGGGAUUUAAUGUUUUUGUAAGGAAGGCUGGUUAUUGAUAUUCCUCGUGGAAAUCAGGCAAAUUCCCUGAAGAAUAUAAAUGCACGUGCCAUGACGCAGUGCGUUUCAGUUAGGCCUGCUGUUUGUUAGGCUAAUUUUUAUAGCAGUUUGAGGUAAGGGUAACGAUAUAGGAAGCAUCUUGUGCGAAAGCAUGCAAAAUAGAUUUCAAAGAUGUAAUGAGGUAUGUAAUUGAAUUAAUUCUCACGUUUGUACUUAUCCUAAUUUCCACCCUAAGGUUGGAAAAAUUCCUUUUUAUAGAACUUGUGAAGGCGCGUUGAAUUUGAUUAGCUUCAAAACGUUCGUAAUUCAGUGUUUAGUUAUGUUCGCAGUUCAAAUUACCUGGGUAUUUCAGUAUUAGUAAAUGUCUUUUAUUUGCUAAAGCUUGGCCCGUUUAAUGUAUCUAUGUAUUGAAGUUAAAGGGACAGCGGAUAAAGUGAGUUAUGGUCUAUCAAUUCAUGUGUUGAUGUGCCAGUGUCGCUUUUGCCUAGAGCCCUGAGAACAACAACAACAAGACCAGAUAUAGAGCAGCUCAGAUCUGCAGCCAUAUGAUUGUGAAAAUAUAUUUUCAAAGUUUUGAAUCGGGACCACAACUAAAAAAGCCGUAAACUUUAUAUUACACCAGGAAAAGGACAAAUCUUUCAAAUAUUAGCUGGGGCAUAAUGGCAGGCUUUUCCUGAUCGAAAUAUUGUAGAUACUAUGGUUCGUAGAUUCUUGAACGAAGCAAAAUCGGUCAUCAGCCCUUAAUAACACAAAAAGUUGUGACGUAUACAAAAUAGUCUGGCACUCAGCAUAAAAACAUCAGAUCGUUUCUGAGCCUUGUUUAGAAUUUCUGAAAUAAAUCCCUGGCUUUUCACUGAUCGUACCUCAGCCAACAUGUGAUAGGUUUUACUGAUCUCCCACAUUUGGAUUGUUGCUUGUUCUUUUGAAUUAUAUUGCUCCAAUACUAAAAUUCAAUUAAUAGAUGCAUGACGUCAUCAUCUUCCCAUUCGAUUGGUUGCCAUGUUAGGCCAGAUAAUUCCUUGCAUCGUUUAAGAUUUCAACCGAAAUCUCGCUUUAGUGAAUUGUAAAUUUUAUAUUGAAUGAAAAUCUUUUGAUUUA